AUGCCUGUCUAUACAUAUUUAACAGUAACGCCAUGGAAACCUUUGGUGGAUAAUCAGUGCUUAAUUAUUCCUACUGCUCAUUAUUCAUGCACCGUGUCACUUGAUGAGGAUGUCUACGAUGAAAUGCGCAUUUGGCGGAAGGGCCUUGUCGCAAUGUGGAAGGCUGAUGAUAAAGACUGUAUUUUUGUUGAAACAGUGAAAAAUGCAAAACACCGAAGACAUAUGGCUGUGGAAUGCAUUCCAGUACCAAUGGAGAUUGGUGAAACAGCACCUAUUUACUUCAAGAAGGCCAUUGAUGAAAGCGAAACAGAAUGGUCGCAUAAUAAAAAGUUGAUUGAUUUGGCAAAAAAAAGUGGUGAUAUUCGUAAAGCUAUUCCAAAAGGGUUUUCUUAUUUUGCCGUUGAUUUUGGUCUUCAAGCUGGAUAUGCUCAUAUUAUUGAAGACGAAGGACAUUUUCCAAAUUACUUUGCUCAUGAAAUAAUUGGAGGCAUGUUGGAUUUACACCCGAACACUUGGCGUAAAAGUGAAACGUUAAGUACUGAGUCUCAAAUCGCAAAUGCCAAACGAUUGAAACAGCAGUGGAUGCCGUUCGACUGGACUGAAAGAGUGAAGAGUUCCAUCUCUGCUCAGUGA